AUGGUAUCCGCAGUUCUAGCCUCAGUCGUCCAAUCCGCUCGAUCCGCCGUCGACUCUAUAUUCAGCUUCAUCAGAGCCCAAGGGGACACAGAUUACCUUGGGGAAGCUGUUUCUCAACUCGAGCAGCACUCUCUCCAAGCCGCAGAUCUCGCUAAGAAGGCUGGCGCAGACGAAGAGACUGUGCUCGCCACGCUGCUCUACGAUAUCGGGAUAUUCCUUCCAGAUGCCUCCAAACAUGAUGCCAUGAUCGCUUCAGACGGCACGCGUGUGGGCACCGCCGGCCACGAGGUCCUGGGCGAGAACUACCUGCGAAGCGUGGGAUUUAGUGACAAGGUCGCGCAGCUGGUCGGAGCGCAUGUUAUGGCUAAGCGGUAUUUAGCGGCGGUGGAUCCGGCGUAUUUCGAUGGGCUUUCUGCAGCGAGCAAGAGGAGUUUGGUGUAUCAGGGAGGUAAAUUCAGUCCGGAAGAGGUGAAAGCAGCUGAGAAAGACCCGCUACUACAGCAGAAGCUUGCGGUUCGGAGAUGGGACAAUCAGGCGAAGGUUACGGGUGCCAAAGUCCCGGAUCUUGAAAGCUAUAAGAAUCUUGCAGUUGAGUCCUCUCGAAGGAAGGUAACACUGCACUCACGUUCGUACAUCAUUCCGCGACGGCCGACUGUCGUUAUCUGCGUUGAUGGCUUCGAUCCCUCGUACCUGCAAAAAGGAAUCGAGGACGGAAUCAUCCCAACCUUAUCUUCCUUCGUAAAUAAGGGGUUUCACGAAACCGCAGAAGUUGCGAUGCCGUCUUUUACCAACCCUAAUAACGUCUCUAUCAUCACUGGAGUACCUCCGGCAAUUCAUGGCAUAGCUGGCAACUACUUCCUCGACCGCGAGGCGGGAAAAGAUAUCAUGAUUGUAGACGACACACUCUUACGCGGCUCCACGAUCCUCGAGCAGAUGUCCAAUGUAGGUGUGCGUAUAGCGGCUGUUACUGCGAAGGAUAAGCUACGCAAGAUCUUGACCCACGGUUUGACACUUGGCAAGGGCAACUCUGUCUGCUUUUCCUCUGAGAAGGCUGCGUCUUGCACGCUUGAAGAAAAUGGAAUCAGUGAUGUGGAAAAGCUCGUCGGGCGACCGCAGCCGCCGCAGUUUUCGGGGGAGCUGUCGCUCUUCGUACUCGAUGCUGGCAUCAAACUACUUGAGCAAGACCGAGCAGAUCUAUUCUAUUUGACCUUAUCCGACUUUAUCCAACACACGCACGCGCCUAGAGAAAAGGAGUCCGAUGACUUCUACGCAGCGCUCGACGCUCGAAUCGCACGUCUAGUCGAGCUAGGAGCUAAAGUAGCGAUCAGCGGCGACCACGGAAUGAACGGGAAGUGUAGUCCAGAUGGGAAACCCGACGUCUUUUUUCUCCAGGACGAAUUGAGGCCAGAUUCGGUCGGGGCUCUUGCCGCGUGA